AUGGGUGACCUGUUGGGACUGAACAACCUGGUGGCCAACACUGCCUACCUAAGGGCUCAGCACAUAGAUCGCGAUAUGCUGAGAAAACAGUGGCUCUCCCUGACGCUGCCCAAACCAAAGAUGUCUUUUGCUUUCCAGGCAGCAGUGGGGAGGACGUACGAGUCACUGUGUGAGCAACAGCCUAUUGGGAGGAAGUUGUUCCAGCAGUUUCUUCUGGCCUCUAAUCCGCAGUACAUGGUCAUCACUGAGUUCCUGGAGGAGCUACGUGACUGGAGCUUUGCUGAAGAUGAAGCCAGAGAGAAAGCCAAACAGAGCAUCCUCGCUAAGUUCUGUCAACCUGAGUCCAGGAGUUUUCUCUCCUACCUGACAGGAGAAGCAGCUGAAAGAUGCAAGGGUGUAACAGACAAAAACUUUGAGGAGGUGAUGUUGGGACAGAUAAGAGAAGCCACGAGAGACUUCCUGAGGGGAAGACCUUUCUCAGAGUAUCUGAAAAGCCCCUUUUACUAUAGGUUCUUGCAGUGGAAAGAGUACGAGAAGCAGAGGAUCACUGACAAAUACUUUUAUGAGUUAAGGACUUUGGGAAAAGGUGGCUUUGGUGAGGUGUGUGCGGUGCAGGUGAAACACACAGGCCACAUGUACGCCUGCAAGAAGCUGGAUAAGAGGCGCUUGAAGAAGAAAGGUGAGGAGAGAAUGGCCCUUAUGGAGAAGAAGAUCCUGGAGCAGGUCAACAGUCUCUUCAUUGUAAACCUGGCUUACGCUUAUGACAACAAGACCCACCUGUGCCUGGUCAUGGACCUUAUGAAUGGAGGAGACCUUAGAUUCCACAUCUACGAGCUCGGAGAGCGGGGUAUCCGUAUGGAGCGUGUUGUUUACUACAUGGCCCAGAUAAUCACUGGGCUACUCCACCUGCACUCUAUGGACAUUGUGUACCUGGAUAUGAAGCCUGAGAACGUGCUUCUGGAUGCUAAAGGACAGUGUCGGCUGUCAGACUUUGGAUUGGCUGUGGAGCUGCCAAGGCGCAAAACGAUCUGCUGGAAGGCUGGUACAACUGGUUACAUGGCCCCUGAGAUUCUGAGACAGGAGUACUACCGCACGUCAGUGGACUGGUGGGCUCUGGGCUGCAGCUUCUAUGAGAUGGUUGCCGCCCGUUUGCCUUUUAAAGACUUCAAAGAAAAGGUGCAGAAUGAGGAGGUGACUCGUCGCACUCUGGAGGACGAGUGCAAGUUUGAACACAAACACUUUGAUGCUCCGACCAAAGAUAUCAUCAGUCGCUUCCUCAAGAAGAAGGUGAUACAUCGCCUCGGGUGCCAAGAUGAUGACCCACGAAACCACGUGUUUUUCAAAAGCAUAAAUUUCCGCCGGCUGGAGGCCGGGCUGGUGGAGCCCCUCUGGGUGCCAAAAUCCAACGUGGUCUACGCCAAGGACACGGACACCUUCAAGUUCAGGGACACCUCCGAGGUGGAGAAUAUUACAUUUGAGAGCAAGGAUGAGACACUUUUUAAGCAGUUUAGCACAGGCGCUGUCUCCAUUCAAUGGCAGAAGGAGAUGAUUGACAGCGGUAUGUUUGACGAACUGAACAACGCCAAACUGAACGGUUACGGCUGUGAGUCUGUGUGGGAAUCUAGAAUGUGCAUUAUUUUGUAA